AUGCCCUUCUCCGAUUUCAUCGACGUCAGUAUCCACGUCGACGGCGCGCCGUUGGCUGAGUAUCCUGUUCCAGGCCGUGGGCGUGAGUGGUUGCGCCACACAAAGACCCGCUAUGUUGAAGUCAAAGCAGGCCAGAAGUUCGCGGUUGUCAUCCAGCUGCAGCCCGGGUUCCAAUUCCUUUCCGCUUCGCACCUCCGCGCCGUCCUUCACAUCGACCAGGAGCCACGGUCCACGACGGCCAUCAUCCAAGGCUAUCCAGGCUGCGCGACUGGCCAAGACGUCUUGCGGGCACCGAGAGAGACGCGAAUUGAGACCCGCUUGAUGCGCGAUGAGACGACUGGGAAUUGGUAUCAAUAUGGCCUGGAGUUCGCAGAUCUGCAUGUUGAACCAGAAGAGUCCUCGUCUCUCCCUGAAGGCGUCUCUCGGAACAGUAUCGCACAUCUCGGCUCUCUCCGCCUGACCCUUUUCCGAGCCAACAGGGUCAAGCUAGAGGACCCCUUCGUGUACACAGCGAGCUUGACGAAGCCUUUGGAAAACGUACCAGAAACAGCGUUGAAGGGAAGGGAUGUUACGAACAACGUCAAAUACGUUGUCGAGGCAGAAGCUCCACCACCGGUACUUGGUUUCUCUAAAUACGUCCCCCUUGAGGGCGAUCAUGGUCAACCCUGGGAGUUUGUCUUUCUGUACAGAAAAAGACAAAUCCUGCAGAGUCUCGGAUGCAUCCCCAGAUCCCUUUCACCUCCUCCAGAUCCUGCUGUCAUGCUGGCACGCACUGAAGAGAUGCUGGGAGAAACGAAAGAGCGGGCCCGUACCCAAAUCCUGGAGUUGCAGGCUAGACUGGCUAAAGCUGAGACUGCUCGACAUGUCAACGGGACAAUCAGCAGAAAUGGCAAUCCAACGAAGCGCACGCGAGAUCAGGCACAGCUCGACGACGACGACGACGAACUACUUGUUCUGCCACCACCUCCUGCAAAGCCGAGAGUGGUUAUCGACCUCACCGAUGAAUAA